ACAGUUUCCAUUUUUCAUCAGCUAGACAUUCCGUGUUGUGCAUUUUAUAUGAUCGGAUCGAUUCUUGCAUUUUUCUCAUUAUUUUCGACAGCGAUGGCCGCCAACAAGGAACGUACGUUUAUCAUGGUUAAGCCGGACGGUGUCCAGCGGGGACUGGUCGGCAAAAUCAUCAAACGUUUCGAACAGAAGGGCUUCAAACUGGUCGCCCUGAAAUUCAUGUGGCCUGACAAAGAACUGUUGGAAAAGCAUUAUGCCGAUCUAUCUGCUCGUCCCUUCUUCCCCGGCCUAGUCAACUACAUGAGUUCCGGACCGGUUGUCCCAAUGGUGUGGGAAGGACUUAAUGUGGUGAAGACUGGUCGUCAGAUCCUUGGUGCUACUAACCCGGCUGAUUCCGCACCUGGAACCAUUCGAGGUGAUCUGUGCAUUCAGGUUGGCCGCAACAUCAUCCAUGGUUCGGAUGCCGUUGAGUCGGCUAACAAGGAAAUCGCUCUUUGGUUCGGCGACAAGGAACUUGUAGCAUGGACCCCAGCCAACGAGGGAUGGGUGUACGAAUAAAUUGUCUUGAGACAAAAAUAAGAAAAAAAAAGUUGUAGCGAAAAUAUAUGGGUAAAUGCAAGACCGAUUAAA